AUGGGAAACAGUAACCUAAUAGAAGAACGAAGCUGGGUAGGGCCGACGGGAGCUGGGUUAAGGCGGCCGAGAGCUGGGUCGAGGCCGCCGGGAGCACGCGUCGUGUCGCGGCGGGGUGAGCUAGGUCGAGAUGUGUGGAGCUUGUCGAGGCCGCCGGGAGCAGGCGUUGUGUCGCGGCGGGGUGAGCUGGGUCGAGAUGUGUGGAGCUCGGUUCCAGGCGAUGGCAGGAGAGCGUCGUCGCUGUGCGCGAGAGGCGCCGAUCGAUGCCGGCGGAAGGAGGAAAUUUUGGAGGACGCACGAGAGACGGAGGAGAUCUGGGCUGCUUGCUUUGCUGCAUCGGUUGACUCGACGGAAAGGAAGGGCGGAAUCGGAUUUAGGGUUACAAAUCCCAAUCUCCAAACUGUCGUCGUUCCAUCACUAGCCGGUAACCGGAUAAAUCCGGUCAGACCCCGGUUUUGA